AUGUCCUGCCGCUCCUACAGGAUCAGUUCAGCAUGCGGGGUCACCAGGAACUUCAGCUCCUGCUCAGCGGUGGCCCCCAAAACCGGCAACCGCUGCUGCAUCACGGCCGCCCCCUAUCGCGGGGUCUCCUGCUACCGGGGCCUCACCGGGGGCUUGGGCAGCCGCAGCCUUUGCAACCUAGGCGCCUGUGGGCCUCGCAUGGCGGUCAGCGGCUUCCGCUCCGGCUCCUGCGGACGCACCUUCGGCUACCGCGCCGGCGGCGUGUGCGGGCCCAGCCCACCCUGCAUCACCAGCGUGACGGUCAACGAGAGCCUGCUGACGCCCCUCAACCUGGAGAUCGACCCCAACGCGCAGUGCGUGAAGCACGAGGAGAAGGAGCAGAUCAAGUGCCUCAACAGCAGGUUCGCGGCCUUCAUCGAUAAGGUGCGCUUCUUGGAGCAGCAGAACAAGCUGCUGGAGACCAAGUGGCAGUUCUACCAGAACCAGCGCUGCUGCGAGAGCAACCUGGAGCCCCUGUUCAACGGCUACAUCGAGACGCUGAGGCGGGAGGCCGAGUGCGUGGAGGCCGACAGCGGGCGGCUGGCCUCGGAGCUCAACCACGUGCAGGAGGUGCUGGAGGGCUACAAGAAGAAGUAUGAAGAGGAGGUGGCUCUGAGAGCCACGGCAGAGAACGAGUUUGUGGUUCUGAAGAAGGACGUGGACUGCGCCUACCUGCGGAAAUCGGACCUGGAAGCCAACGUGGAGGCCCUGGUGGAAGAGACGAGCUUCCUGAGGCGGCUCUAUGAUGAGGAGAUCCGGGUCCUCCACUCCCACAUCUCAGACACCUCGGUCAUUGUCAAGAUGGACAACAGCCGGGACCUGAACAUGGACUGCAUUGUAGCCGAGAUCAAGGCUCAGUAUGAUGACAUCGCCAGCCGCAGCCGGGCUGAGGCCGAGUCCUGGUACCGCACUAAGUGCGAGGAGAUGAAGGCCACGGUGAUCCGGCAUGGGGAGAGCCUGCGCCGCACCAAGGAGGAGAUCAAUGAGCUGAACCGCAUGAUCCAGAGGCUGACGGCUGAGAUUGAGAACGCCAAGUGCCAGCGUGCCAAGCUGGAGGCGGCCGUGGCCGAGACCGAGCAGCAGGGCGAGGCGGCCCUCAGUGAUGCCAAGUGCAAGCUGGCCGGGCUGGAGGCUGCCCUGCAGAAGGCCAAGCAAGACAUGGCCUGCCUGCUGAAAGAGUACCAGGAGGUGAUGAACUCCAAGCUGGGCCUGGACAUCGAGAUCGCCACCUACCGGCGCCUGCUGGAGGGCGAGGAGAGCAGGCUGUGCGAAGGCGUGGGCUCCGUCAAUGUCUGCGUCAGCAGCUCCCGCGGCGGAGUCUCCUGCGGAGGCCUCACGUGUAGCACCACCCCAGGGCGCUCCAUCGCCUCUGGGCCCCCCGCCACCGGCGGCUGCAUCACGGUGAUGGCGCCGGACGCCUGUGCCCCCUGCCAUCCCCGCGGCUCCAGCUUCAGCUGCGGGAGCAGCCGGUCGGUCCGCUUCGCGUAG